GUUUGGCGCGGGGUGUGACCGCGGGGUCAGGAGGUCGCGCGUCAUUUUGAGGAACGGACAUACGUUCUGGGCGCGGGGUGCGGCCGCGAGGUACCGUCGUCGCUCCACGUCACCCAGGUAUGACUUCUUAACCCGAAACCCGACCCAUACCCGACGCCCCGACCUGACCUAAAACUAACCCACCCCGCUCCCUUUUCUCUCUCUCUCGUUUUCCUCUCUUCCUCCCCAAACACAAACACACUCUCUCAAUUCUCCCAACUCUAAAAACCCCAUAACUCACUCAAAUUUUCCCCAAAUCAACCCAUUCUUGUCUUAAAAUCCAAGCCUUCGCCCUUGUAGUCUAUUUUCUUGAGUCAAUUCAUCUUUACAUUCUAAUCCAAGCAAGGUACAAUGGCAAAGACAAACAAGACGAACAUGGAGGCUAAGAAAGCAGCAGCUGCAAAACGCGAAUUCGAACUAAGAGGAAAACCUCUAGAACCUGCUGAGCCAAGCCAACAAGGAGUAGAGAGAACAUCUAGGCAACGAGUUCUAGAUGCAAGGAAGGCAGCGGAAAAGGAGAAAAGAGCAGGAAAGGCUGUGGCAUCUUCUUCUAGAGAUGAGGAAGAAGAAGAACCAGCUCCACCAAAAAAAGCCAAGAUGUCAAAAGGGAAAGGGAUAGCUCUUGAAAGGGACAGAAGUAAGUCACCAACAGUUGAAGAGCUACACCAUCACUUGGCUAAAGGUGUUUCUUGGGUUCCAACACGCUUUGCUGACCCCAAGACGAUGGAGGAGCUCGGAAUCGAAAACGAUGUAAGGACAAUGCUGCAGCACAUGAAAAUGGAGAGCUUCUACUCCAUGGCCUAUCCUACUUACGUGGAACCUUCUUCUCAGUUCCUUGCAACUCUUGAAGCAUCUUUCUAUGAGGGUAACCAUGUGAGACAUGGAUGGGGCAAAAUCAAAUUUAAGGUCAAUGGAAAGAGCUAUUUCAUGAGUUUCAAGGAAAUUGGAGCAAUGAUGGGGAUUGAGGAUAAUGAAGAUCAAACCCUUCCAUGGUUCAAGAAGCUUCCUACUGGUGUUUGGAGAGUGAUAAGUGGAAAUCAACAUGCUACUGGUCAUGACAAGAACUCAGCCAUCAGACAUCCCGCAGUGCGUUAUCUCCACAGGAUACUUGUCCACACUCUCUACCCUCGCAAGGAGGCAGGGACAGUCAAUGAAGAAGAGCUGCGACUACUCUAUCGGGCUGUUAUAGACAAUGUUACACCAGAACAGCUUGAGGAGUUUGAGGAGACUGAUAAGAUGAAGUUUCCCACAACUGACAUCUUCAAACGCUUUGGAAUGGUUGGUCUCUUUGUGGAACGUCUCAUGUACUACAAGGAUUGGGUUUGGACUACAGCAGAUUCAUCGCCUCAGCUUGGAAUUGGUGGUAUGAUAACUCCACUGCUGAUAGCAAAUGGUGUGAACUUGGGGAAUGAUCCCAAAGGACCAGCAUUCAUUGAUGCCCCUUAUUUGAGGAUUGCUACUUACAUUGGUGGAAGGUAUCAAGAGAAAGUUGUCUACACCUACUUCCGCAAGGGAAAGAUGGCUAAGUUGCUGCUCCCAAAUAGAAAGCUCACAAACAUAGAAAGGCCGGGGAUCAUCCACUUCGACAUAGAUGAAUCAGAGCUCUUUGGACCCCAUGGCCCUAUAGAUCAUGUGACUGCUCCUAAGAGAAGGAGAGGUGGAGGGAGAGGUCAUGUAAUGACUGGAACAAGUGAUGCUACACAAGAAGGAUCUGCUACCCCACUUUAUGGUCCACCUCGCUACCACUUUACUCAGAGCUCAACAGCUUUACCCCAUGGCCCUCUCCGUGAAGCUCAUGAGCAUAUUGACAAGCUUCAAAGAUGGAACAAGGCUCAGGACAGGACAAUCUUCAAACUAAAGACCAAGUACAAGGAACUUAAAAAGACAGUAAAGAAGCAAGCUGAAGCUUCAGCUCAAUUCAUGAAGAAGGUGGCUGAUCUUUUGGUUAGAGGAGGAGUAGGAGGAUGUAGAUCUGAAGACUUUGUUACUAGAGAUACCUCAGUUCCUCAACCUCAGCCCUAUGACCCUGUCACCAACCCUUCCUUGGACCUUGGACCUCCCCUUACUGCCCGACAGCUCUUGCGCCUGGCACGAAACCCCCAAGCUCAUAAAUCCAACUCCGGGAAUAAGUCUCCUUCCCUUGCCUCAACCGAUGCUGAAACCGACAACGAGGAAGUUGCCAGCGCGCCCCAAGAAUACUACACUACCUUCCCUGAUGACUCCGGAUAUGGGGACUCGGGUUUCUUCCCGAACGCUUAGACAGGUACUCCACUAACUUUCCAUUGUAUAUACCAGUUUUUCUUCGCAAUUGUUUUCGGUAUCUCCUCCAACUUCCUAACACAGAGACUGUGUGAACUAAGUUUGGGGGAGGCAUCAAGUAUUUAAUAUGUUUUCUUUGAUGAUUUGAGUCUCAUGCAUUGCAUUGUACAUAUAUAUAUGCUAAAAAAAAAAAAAUUAAAAAAAUCGAAAAACACAAAAAAGAAACAUGUAGUUGCAUCACUUGCACUUUUAAGAUUGAGUCUAGAGCAUAUAGGUUGCAUUCACUUGCAUUGGGAACGAUGAUUUAAAAUGCCUUGCAAAGAACCCUUGUCUAGAACUCAAAAUGACACCCUAGUUAAACAUAUCAAGUAGCUUAAGCAUCUCUUGAAAACCUUGCACGCUUCGAGCCUUGAAAACUCUUCUUGAAACUUGUUUGCUUGCUUGAUGUUAGCAUUGUUCUUAAGAUCAGCUCCAAUCUAAACUUGGCUUGAAUGAACUUAAUUUCUCUUGCAUAUGGGCAUUCGCAUACUUGAUCAUGGAUCUCACACACAUUUGGGUUAUCUUAUUCCUUCAUACCUAUCUUUGUUAACCCAAAUGGCACUCCUUACCCUAAAACCCUAACCAUUCCUUGAGACCAAACAUUUAAUUGCAUGAGUGAGGCCUCUUUUGAUAGCUUGUCAUGUGCAAAAUCUUGAGAGUAUUGGAGGCGACAUAGGUUUAUUCUCAUCUCUUGCUAGCACAAUGAGUUAGCAUUUGGGGAUGUGAGAGGGGUUUGUGUGUUUUAAAUUUCAAUAUCUUGGGUUUGGAGAGUGAGAAAGAUGAGAGAUAUGAAAAUAAAGCUCCUAGGGAUAUAUAUAAAAAAAAAAAAAAGAGAAGCUCUUGAUUAUGUAACAAAGAACCUUCCCCUAAAAAAAAAAAAAAAAAAAAAAAAAAAAAAAAAAAGUGGGGAAAGAAAUGAAAAAAA